GAGCAGCAGCCUAUCGGGGCGGACGGUUACAGGCACAGGAGGACGCAGCUGUCACAUGCUGGAUGAGCUGCGCUUCGGAGCUGAACUGAGCAGGGGAUAUAUUUCAACAAAUGGCAAUACGUUUUCACUAAUUAGCCAUUAAUGUAAUUAACAAGAAGCCUGCUAAGUUGUGGUCCGUACGGACACUCCGUUUGGUUUGGAGCGGAGGAGUACAUUCGACUGUUUGAGUUUGGUUACCGGGAGACGACGGCAGUUACGCGGAGGGAGCAACACGAGGAACGAGCAACACUUCUACGGAGGAGCAGAAAGUGUUCAUUUAGAAAUUUAAGUCGUCGCUUGGAAUUGAACAAAAACACUGUUUAGGGAGAAAGGAGGCACCGUGAAAAGCGAGGACCGAGGCAGCAUGGUGAGUUUCGGGCCUCGUAGGGGGCACGCGUUAGCUAACAUACGACAACCUGUUUGCGUCCUUCCUCCUGUUCGAGUCACGCUGUCUGAAACCGAGCAAAGCUGCAUUUGCUGUGUCCAGUUAACUCAAUGCACUUGAUAGUAUGCGCCGAACUACCAUUUUAAAAUUCAUCUGGACAGGUAUCUACGUGUGCCUUCUCACUGUGGCUUGGAGUUUAAAGAGAGGCCAGUCCUAACUGGUUUUGCUAGUAAACUUAAGCUAGUUAGCUUGAAGCAGAUAUUUAUGGAGUCGCCUGACAUAACAAGGUGGACGGUGACUCAUUGAACAAGAUUACCUUCCCAACACACAAGAUCAAACUAAACUGUAUGACUAAUGUAACAUCUUGCCAUAGAGUGUAACAAAUAAAACUCUGUAACCAUGUACCCUUUGGUUGCCUGAGCUGGUACUACCACACGUGAUUUAAGUGUUAGCUGUUACACAACUGGAGCUAAAUUGCUAUCAAAGAGUUCCGUUGUAAGGGUCAUGGCAGCGUGCCACGGAGACGUCAACUAAUACAGCAACGUGAAAAUUCUUAUUUUUUUAAAGAUUAACCAAAAACGUUAUUUGAUUAACGUGAGACCCAUCACAAACACAAAAAACGAAGUUACACGGGCACGUUUCCACCAUGUGCUCCUUUUUCAGACGUACUCAGAUGACUGCUCUGUGUUAUUAUAGACACAGCCGCUGGAUUGGCUCGGGUCUUAUUGGUAGACAGAUUGUACUCCAAGUGUCUUAAAUGAUGUUUUAAAAUUGUAUUAGCACCUGGGGCACAAAGGACGUUUUGCACCAUAUGACAGGUCAAACGCCUUGUUUAAAGUCACGCUGCAGCUCCAGACAAGGAUUUGCGCCAUCCGUAGGCGCAUGUGACCGUUUGAUGGGCGGAGUUACAGCCUCGAGGAAACCAAUGAAAACUGGAACUGUUGAGUAGAGGGCUGUUGCAGAUACGGACAGAGAUCACAGGAACUUAAAGGACCUGUCUUUACAACGACGUUGACUUGUUAUGCUGCUGUUUCAUGUGUUUUGAAUACUCUCCCCUCACUUUAAUCAGGCGUUUGUUAUUUGUAAAGGUAUUACCGUGACCAUGAUUAUGUUUUCAUGCGAGACCUGGACACUGAAUUGAAGUGCAGAACUGUAGCAUUUUUAUAUGGGACUGCAUGAGGAGGAUUGUUGUUACUGUUGUUUUAAUGUUGCUGCUGUCCCCUGUCUCUCUUUCUUAUCCUGUUCUCCACUCUCUCUCUCUCUCUCUCUCUCUCUCUCUCUCUCUCUCUCUCUCUCUCUCUCUCUCUCUCACCCUCAUUCUCUACUCUCUCUCUCUCUCCCUCUCCCUUACUCAUUCUCUCUCCCCUUCCCUCUUUCUUGUUCUCUUGCUCUCUCUCUCUCUCUCUCUCUCUCUCUCUCUCUCUCUCUCCUAUCUCUCUGUAUAUAAAAGGAAGUUUUUCCUUGACACUGUCACUCAUGUUAGAUGAGAUGGGCCAAAUCCCAUUUUAGGUUGGGUCUUGAUAAUUCAUCAAACAAUGAGAGUGGUCUAGACCUGCUCUUGUUCUUUGAAAAGCGUCUUGGGAUGACAACUGGUGUGAAGUGGCGAUAUAUAAAUAAAAUUUGAUUGAUUGAUUGAAAACCCACAACAGAAACUGUACUUGUGGAAAGUUCACUAAGAAGGUGCAGUGGUUCAGAGGAAGUUGUUGCAUUUGUAUUUUUUAAAAGUAUGAGGAAAGACGCUGUAUCCCAGUGUGUACUUUAUACAUUUAAGCAGAUGUAAUUUUAACACUAAUAAUAAUAAUAAUAAUAUAAUACAAUUUAUUUAUAACACACUUUUACAGGUGCUUAAAGAUGCUGUACAAAAAAAAACAAUUUAAAAUACAGAAACUUUUGAGUAAUAAGACCAACAGUGUUGAAGGCUAAAAAAGACACAAUAUGAAAAGACAAUAAAAGAACAGUUCACAGGUUUAAAGCCAAUUUUUAAAAAAGUGUGUUUUUGUUUAAGCUGCCAUGAUAAAAAGGGAUAGAAUGCCGACUUAAACAUGACGGAGGAAUAAACAUGACGGAGGAAUAAACAUGCGUAGCCAUCGGUUUCAUUUGACCAGCAUGCACACACAAAAAGGGAGCAGGGGCAUGCAGUCAUUUAUUGAUUUGCAACACCUGAGACAAAUUAACCACACCCCCUCAGACAAUGGUCAGUGUAAGAGCACAUUCAUCAUCUCUUACACUGACCAUUGUCUGAGGGGGUGUGGUCAAUUUGUCUCAGGUGUUGCAAAUCAAUAAAUGACUGCAUGCCCCUGCUCCUUAGUGUGUGUGCGUGCGCGCGCGCAUGCCGGUCAAAUGAAACCGAUGGCUACACAUGUUAAUUCCUCCGUCAUGUUUUAGUCGGUGUUCCAUCCCUUAUGGCAGCUUCAACAGUUUUUAGGAGUGAUUUAAAAGUAUGGGGGUCAGUACAGUCUCUGAUAGGUUUGGGGAGUGAAUUCCUGAGGGUGGGGGCAGCAGCGGAGUAGGCUCUGUCCCCCCAAGUUCAGUGCUUGGUCUGAGGGGGUAAGGCAAGGAGAUUUCCCUCUGAGAAUCGGAGGGCACGGGAGGGGGUGUAUUGGUGGAGCAGGUCUGUGAGGUAGCUGGGGGCCAGGUUGUUAAGUGAUUUGUGGGUAAGCAGGAGGAUUUUGAAUUGUAUGCGGUGUGAGAUGGGGAGCCAGUGCAGUUUUUGGAGGACAGGGGUGAUGUGUUCUUGGGAGUUGGUGCGGGUGAGCAGGCAGAAAGCAGAGUUCACAAUUCUGCUCACAUCAUCAUCCAGACUUUUACCGUGCUUUCUACUUUUUUUCCACCAGUCCUGCUGAGAUGUCCUGGCACUUUGGGAAACUAAAACUUUUAAACUGUUACCUGUUUGAGGUGCUGCACGAAUCAAGGAGUGUCUGAAUACUUUAAAUCCCAUCAUGCUCAAUCUCCUAUGCUUUCCUGUUCUUACUGCACAGUUGUAUUGAAGCAGACCGCUUUAUUUUAUUUUUUUUUGAGUUACAGUCAAACAUUUUCUUAUAAUUAUGCAGGUUACUACAAAGGGAACAGGCCUGAACCCGAAUGCUAAGGUGUGGCAGGAGAUCCCCGCACACCAGAAUGACAGCUCUGAGGGAGGAGAAGACUCUCCUUGGCUGCUGACCUACUCCCCUCCUGCUGAGAUAACAGGAGGUAUGAGUUUCUCAAGUUCUGUUUGCAUCUCCCAUCAUUUUCCUUGUGAGUACUUGUAAACCAGACUGUCUUUGCUGCACAAGUACAGCCCAUGAGUAUGGGGAAAUACUGUGACAUGCAUAGACAUGUUAAGUAUGUAUUGAACAUUACAAAGAUGACGCCACAGAGACCUGAUAUUUAAGUCAUCUUAACUCUAGUCCUGAACACAUUGCAUUGCAAGCAGCGUGACGAAGCUUGUUUCGAGCAUGAGAGGAUGUUGUCCAAAUAUGACAGCCGUCUACAGUCAUCGUCUUGCUGCUUGUCCUUCCUAUCAUAGGUUACACGGAUGUUCCUUCUGUAGGGGGAAAGGGAUUUGACUCUGAAUAUCUGGAUGGUGACUAUGACCCUGUACCUGCAGAAGACAUUGUCAAUGGCAUCGAUCAUGCUGAUUUAAGUUAUCUGGUCUACGACCCACAAUGUUCUCCUGUGGAUGGUGACAUUGUGAAGGAACUUCCGAUGUCCAAGGAGAGCCUACGAGAGUCUUUGAAGAGAAAGCUUGAGUUCUGCUUUUCCAGGUGAGUCAUGUAGAGAAUUGAGAAAAAAUGAGAGCACAAAUUAAAACUUUGCCCCUUAAUUGUUUCUUGUAAGAAAUUAUUUACAACCAAGAAGAUCAUUUUUAAACUUUUUCACUAUAAUUUGCUCGUAUGAUGUUGUUUACAGUGGGGGUUAUCCAUGUAUGUGCGUGAUUGAUUGAUUUGACACGGUAUUUCAUUUCCAAAUUGAACCAGCUUUUUUCAAGCAAUAUCUAUGACACAAAUGUAUUUUAUUAUAUGUUGUGCCUCAACAGCCACUGAACAGCCACCACCAUUUAAAUCCUAGUGGGGGUUGCUCUUAUUUUUCAUAUUCAGUUUUGCAAAUGAAGAUUCAGUCCACUAAUCUUAGCCUAUCAGUAUUUUGAUAUGAAUGAACAUCUACUGUUAUGUUCUAAGUUGAUAUUGGUGUUGGGUCUGAAAAAACAGGAUCGCCAAACCCCUCGUUCACUUAUCCCUCAGUCAUUCAGUUGCCCUAACGUUGCUGGUUUAAAGUCAAGGUUCAGAAUUUGUAAAAGCCAAAGAUGAUCAGAAGCAACAUUUUCCUUCUGUCUGUUUCUCCAAUCAAGUGAUUAUUUUAUUGGACAAAGUGAAAUAUUUGUGCCUGGUGCUGUAAAUGGCAAACUUUGUAGUAAAGGUGCGAUGAAGUUUAUUUCAGUUGAUUUUAUCCUAAUCCAGUGUUUUGUUGUUUGCAGAGAGAACUUAACGAAGGAUCUGUACCUGAUAUCCCAGAUGGACAGUGAUCAGUUUGUUCCCAUCUGGGCCAUUGCAUGCCUGGAGGACAUCAAAGCCCUUACCACUGAUAUGGAUCUCAUUCUUGAUGUACUGCAAGGUAUCACCGCUUACGUACUGUCUGUGUUUUUUUUCGGGAGAAAUGUCUGCAUUGAAGUUUACUGGUAGAAUAUAUGUCACCUGUGAUUGUUGUCAUAAGAGCAGACCAGUGUGAACAAACUUAGACACUGCAAGCACAAAACAUGUCAUGACUGAUCAGCUCUCAAGUCGCUCCCAUUUAGUAAAAUGAAUACGUGUCUUUGUGACAGCCUCACCUAUGGUGCAAGUUGAUGAAACUGGAGAGAAGGUUCGGCCAAACCACAGCCGUUCCAUCAUUAUUCUGAGAGAGGUCCCAGAGACGACACCAGUUGAGGUAAACGGAACCCUGUACAGUACUGCAUGCAAGACACAGUCCUCCGUAAUACCAGCCAGUCUCAUUAAACAGAAUUUUAAAAAGGCCAGAUACAACGGUUAAGCUACUGAUAAUAAAUAAGAUUGAAACAGCAUUUUUUAGCAUGAACAUGAUGUGUAUUCUUUAUUGACUCCCUUUCAUUAGAGAGCCUGCUGUGUGGCCUUAGGGUAGAUCUUGUUUUCACUCAUAUUUGAGACACGUUUUUAAGUACUUUGCAUAUCAUUCACAGGAGGUGGAGGCUCUUUUUAAGAGUGACAACUGCCCAAAAGUGUUAAGUGCCGAGUUUGCACACAACAGCAACUGGUACAUAACUUUUCAGUCUGAUAUGGAUGCACUACAGGUACGUUUCCGCUUAAAAAAAAAAACAAACUCGUUAAUACUUGAUCACCUAGCUAUAUAAUCUUGGUCCUGCCUCGUAAUGUCUUGUUUAUUUUCCCAUUUAUACAGAAACUGUACAUCUUAACCAGUUGCUAAAUGUGUCUGUCAUUUUCUUUCAUCUUUCUUUAUACACUAACCUCUUUGCUCUUGUUGUUAAAACUGUAGAUGUUAUCAAGAAAUUGUAAGAAUUAAAAAACUUGGUCUAGUGCUUUCUCUGGUUUUAAAUAUAAACCAGAGGAGGAAAGCUUUAGGUGUGAAAUUCAGAGCGGAGCCUCUAAAGAACAGCUCUCUCUGUUUUUUUUUUUCUUUUUUUUGUUGUCAGGCCUACAGAUACCUAAGAGAGGAAGUGAAAACAUUUCAGGGAAAACCAAUCAUGGUGAGUUUCUGUCUGUCUUUCUUUCUGUCUUACUCUCUUUCUUUUUGUGUGUGCAUAUGCAGUUAUUUCCCUUGUGUUUCAGUGUUGAGGUGUUAUAUCUCAAGCUGGAUUACUGCUCAUUAUUGGAUCUGCACUAGUCCAGACAGUGUUGUGGAACACGACAAGCCUUGUGUUAUGCAAGUAUAGUUGUGCUGUCAGCUGUCAUGUCUCUGAUCCUCGGCAAGGCUAAAGAAAGCCUCAGGUGCGACCUCAAGGGUUUAUCUGUAUAGAGGCUACAGAAGGAGGCGUUUGUGAGAGCUGUAGUACACCCAUAUCUCAAGAUAGUUUGGUCAUACCUCUUAUCACGAUGACAAUUACCUUUUUAUAUUUGUGAUCCUGUUUCGACUGGACUUUGAUAUGAUUUGAGUGCUCUUUUAUUUCCUGAUAAAUCAAAUGAGACUUUGCUACCUUAAGCCUGUGUAAGCCCCUGUGAUGAUCAGUAUCGCGCUUGGAAGGACCCAUAGACACUGUGGCUGGCUGGGAGGAACUCUUUAUGGCUUUACAUCAUUCUGUUGUAUUUCUAUUUCUCCUCUCUCCCUUUACUAAGCCUCAUCCUUCAUAAUUCUCCCUACUCUAUUCCCCACCCCUGUCCCUCCCCCUUCUUUCCCCUAGUCAGUGCAGUGUUUAAUGGCCUAAUGACCGUGAGAUUAUGAGAUCUGAGGGGACUAAAGCAUGAUACACAACUAGAGUCCUACUCUUCAUGGACACAGUGGAUUUUUCUCGUUCAACCACAGGAAAUAUACUUGAUCCUCUUUUUUUUUUUUUUUUUUUUUUCCCCUAUACCUCCUUUUAGGCCCGUAUAAAAGCCAUCAACACGUUCUUCGGCAAGAACAGCUUUCACAGCAUGGACUCAGCUGUUUACAGUCAGCACACCCAACCUCAGGCUCAGUAUGGCUCCCAAGUGUACAUGCAGCAGAUGUACAGCCCUCAGCAGCAGUACCCUGUUUACCCUGUUGUGUCUCCAUCCUGGAACCCUUCCAUCAUGCCUUACUUUGAAACACCACUGGUGAGAGUUUGGUUCAGUUGUUCAAAAUGUACCCUUGAGUGUCUGUUUCGAUUCUUUUGUCUAAAACAACAGAAACUCUGUUUUAAAAAAAAUGUGGUCGCUGCAGUUAAUAUUGAUACUCUCACCACAUGACACUAUUCAGAGCAUCAAAGUGAUCAUUAAACAUGGCCCUAUUUGAUUCUCUUCUCUUGUUAUAACAUCAAGGCACCUUUCCCACAUAACGGAUUCAUGAAUGGAUUCAGUGGUUUGGGAAACUACAAAGCAGAUUCGAGCUCCAUCAACAGCCAAAGACCCUUGAGCAGAAACAGGUAAGUGCAACUCAUGACACACCCUAAAAAGAGAAUUGAUUUUUUUUUCUCUCUUUGAGUUGUUUGGAUUAUGAAAAAAGCUUAUCUACCAAUUAUUUUUCUCAAAAUGUGCUACAUAUCCUAUAUAAAGACUUUAAACACUUAGAGAUGAGCAAAAUUAAGAAUCCAAACAAUUGCACAGUUGUUGAGAUGGUACCAGGGCUGACACAAUGGCCUAAAAAUUACAUAUUUGUUUUUCCUUGUCUUAUAAGACUCUUUUUUGCAAUUCCAGUAGUCUUUCUUUUCCCUUAAAAAAUACAAAUGACAAAGAAAUGGCUCAGACACUUUAUUUUAGCUCCUGGGAAGUAAGCUGAUAUUUUUGGUCAUCUGGGGCGUAAUCUAUUUGGAGGCUAACACUUUGUGGUGUACAGUUUACUUUGAUGUAAUUUUUCUUAAUCGGAAUAUUUCCACUGUAUUGUUUUGGGCUAAUCGUUUAUAUCUGCAGAACACAUCGGAUAUAAACGAUUUCUGCCGACUUUGCAGAGUCAACUGCAGAAUUAACAGCGUUCUGAAUGAACGGGGCUUUGAAAAGUCCCGCAGCAUGUGUUAGACGUUACCGUCUACACAUGGACCAAUCAGGGGCUGCCUUUCCCUGUUGUCCGGGUAACAGUGGAAACACGGUCUGUGAUUGGCCCGGUUAUUUUAUGAUCGGGAAUACAUGCUCCCACUGGGCCGAAGUCCAGACUGUUGUGGGAAGGAACAGCAAGUGAUUCACACAACAGGAUGGCCCCACCCAGGCUAGCUUGGUUGGCCUGUUGCAGAAUAUUGACACAGUCUUAAAAACAGAAACACUGAUCUGAAAUUGGCGAGAAACCACUUAAGGCAGCUGAUGGGGAAACUGUACUGUCACAAACUCUUACACCUUCUGCCUACAGGGUAACCCUCUGCUUGUUAAAAUUAAUAAAUUUUGACAUUAAGGAAAUAGAUAAAAAAUCAUAAUGAUGCCUUGGUGUUAUAUGCAAUAGCAAACAAGAACAUCAGCAACCAAAUUUACCAUUAAUUAUCUCACAAUUUUUUAUGUUUUAAAGCUGUUUUUAGGGAGUAGGUGCUAGUGGAGAAAUUGAAUAUAUUCACAAUAAAUAAUCAAUCUAACUGUCAGAAGUAGUAUGACGAGAUAUGUUGUCAGGAGACACUACAUAAGGAUGUAGAGGAAUGGAUAAGCUAGACGGCUUUGUCAACAGGAGUAACAAAACUGACACCAACAGAAAGUUCCUCACUGAAGCCUUAAAUAAUUGAUGCUGUGAUUUUUCAUGACAAACUUAACACACAGCUGCAUAAUAAAUAUGUGUCCUUGUAUGUUCAGAAAUCAUGUCAAGGGUCAUCCUAGGCCCAGAGACAUGUCCUCUCCUUCCUCUUUGACUCCUGGGAUCCUGUUGGAUAGUCUGCCCAGUCACUCAAGUCCGCUGCCCCUCCAGAUGUCAGGGACACUGGCUGGCUCUCCUCCAGCACUGGUCUCUCUGCCAUCCUUCGGUGCUCAAGACUCUCCUCCACUGGCCAGCAAUCCAACCGGAUAUCUUAACGGGGCCGGACGAGGCAGGUGGGUGAAUGCCAUCUGACUUGUUCACAUCUUUGGUUUAAAAUUAAAAAAAAAAAAUAUGUGACUGCAGUGAAUGCUUAUGGAACAUAUGAUAAACAUGCUCUGUCUUCAUUGUAGGAAAGGUAGUCAGCGAAGCAUGAGGAGGAAACGAGAGGAUGAACAUAGCACGGUCAGUAGCAUCUUAUUGUAACCCUAUGUAAGACCUCAAACUGAAUACCAUUUCCCAAAAAAACACAUUCACAAUUUUUUUUAUAAUUUUUGUGGCAAUUUUCAUAAGACGUUUAAUUAUUUAUAAGCUUGUAUUUUAUCAUAUUGAAUUUACAGAAGCUUAUCCCUUUGAUGGAGGCCAAGGUACCUCCCCCACCAAAGUUUGACCUGGCAGCUUCCAAUUUUCCACCUUUACCAGGAUCUGUGGUUGGCAUCAGGGAAGAAGUUACUCCAGAGAUGCGUCUGUCUGAUGUUGUGCGCGGCCUUAAGGUGGCUAACAAGGUAAUUAUUAUGAUGUCAUUUUUGAUACCUGCCACUCGGAGGACUCUGAUAUGCAGCAUUUAUGUCAUAGUUGUGUCAAGGCUUAUCAAGUUAAAUCCCUUGGUUUCAGCCCACCGGACAAGAGACCCGUCACACAAACAAAGUAGAAGACAAUGUCAAGAAAACUGAUGUGACCCCUGUUGCUAAAUGUGCUCCUGAAACGCCACACACAGAGAUGAUGGCACCUGCUCCAAGGUAAGGAUUUUAUUAUGCUGCUGGAUUUUGAGACUGGGAAGUCAAACAUCAUAGAAUGUGCCUUGACUUGUUUUUUUUUAUUUAUUUUGUUGUAUAGUGCCUGUCAAUCAGUUGAGGGGGAGGAUAAAGGUGAACCUCCUGUUUCAGAGGAGAAAACCCCCACACCCACACAGAGUUCUCCUCCAGUGGCCUCUGAACAUUCCCCUUCCACCUGCAGCCAGUCAGGGGGAACUUCUCCUUCUCCCCCAGCAGUUCCAUCAGACCUGGUAAGACCUGCCUCUGCACCUGGCAUUUAAGUUUAGCUCACAGCAACAUCAGCCUACAGUUUCCAGUUGACGCACAGUUCAUUUCAAGGCCCCUUCGACUGUGCCUUGUUAUUUGUAGCACAUAGGUUUGGAAGUUUUGCUAGAAGAAUGAUCUUCUGUGGAAUAUUUUUCAAAUUUCAAAGAUUCAUUCAUAAGUUUAACCACUGGCUCUCAAAUGUGUAAAUUUAAGUCCCUUGUGGAGUUUUUAAGUAUUUCGAUCAUUUUGAGGAGUAAGGACAAAAAAAGGUAUGAUGGGAAAACUUCAAAAGCAAGUUCUUAAAGUGUCCCUACAGUACAGUGCAUGUGUCAGUCUGGUAUUGUUAUUGUAAUAACCACUGAUCAUGAUAGAGCAGUGUCAAAUUCAUUUCAAUGAUUUCAUGAUGUUUGAUUUUAAAUCUGCGUUCAAUUUCUCAUCAUCAUCUAACAAGGGGUCAAGAAAACUCAGCUAUGCUGAGGUGUGCCAGAAGAUGGCCAAGGAUCCUCCACCAGUCCAGGCUCCUUCUCCCUCUCCUCCAGCCUCUACAACCAGCCAACCACUCCAAGAGCUCAAGGUCAACAGGGUGGAGGAGCUUCGGCCUAACUUCAGACGCUCUACAGACAAACCAGAAAAACACAGACACAGCCGCCCUCCUCGUCAGCCUUUACGCUCCUUCUCUGGGGCUAAUGGCCAAUCCAGAUUUGGGGGCACAGGUCAGAAGAUUAGGGAGCAUCAGAGAGGCCUGAAUUCUGGAAAACAAUUUUCUCCUCAGCGGGGAGCGAGGCGCAGUGGAAAAGAACAAAACAUACCCCCUGGGUCACCAAAAUAACUCAAUAAUAAGAAUUCUAUUUAAUGAACAGAAAUAAUUUUGUACAUAAAUGUAAAUAGAAAGAUAAGUAUAUUUCUUUGACAGGCUUAAUCACUUAAUGUCCUAAAAAGGUUGCAGACACAAGUGUGUACUCUUUUUAGUAAACUUCAUACAGUCUGCCGAGGGAUUUGAUGGGUAGCAAAACAUACUUUAUGUAAAGUAAUUUGAUGGCAUCAACUGAAAACACCUCCAGAAAUGGGCAUGAUUAUACGCAUGUUAUGCGUUAUUUGUGUGUAUGUAUAUGUUUUUGAACGUAUAAAUGGGUGAAAUGAGGAUUUUGUUACUUCAAAGAAAUCUGAAAAUAAUCAUUUGGCAAGUAUUGAAAUCCUUAAUGUCUAUGAGGCACAUUUGAUGUCCUGUUAAUGGCUGUUUUUUUUUUUCCUGUCUGAUCCAUGACAUUAUUAUUUAAACUGGAGUGUCCAAGGAUAACCUAGAAAUCAUGAUGGUGUAAGGUUUGGAUAAUUAACAAUCUCUAGUUCCUGUGAAGUUUUUCGAGUAGGAAAGAAAGAUUUUAUUGAACCAGCAUCUCAUACAAUGGACCCAGGGUUAUUAAAGAUUGAAAUCUUUGAGCUGUAGAAUAGUGGUAGGUAUUUGAUGGCUGUCCAGUUCUUCAACAUGAACAGAUGGUGUAGAUUGCCUCAAUUUGAGUAUAUCAAGAUUAAAAUGAAUGUACCCCAUUGGCAUAAAACUGCUUUUGAACUUGGUUUAUGUAUUUAGUUUGUCCUCAAUUGUUUGUAUAUACAGGUUAGUUUUAAUGUGGCUUGGUUGUGUAUUUCUUCUUACUGUAGAAAAGUUUCAUUUUCUAUCAAAUUGUUUCUCUAUCAAAGUAAUGAAAGUUUGUGUGUUGUCUUUUCAAAUAGUCUUUAUUCUGCAGAAUAUGUUCUUUGAUCAUCCACAAUUAAAUUGGAUGCCAGUUAAUACAACGACUCUUGGCUUUGCAGAAAAGGACUUUAUAUGUAGUGAUGUGAACUGAAAUGCACUAUGUUUUUGUCUAUCAACCAUAAUAACAGUGAUAAUUUGAAAGGUGUUAAUUUUUUUUUUUUUAACUUUCUUUCACUUCACCUUAAUUGUAUGCUUCUGCAAAAGAAAGUGAAGAUAUAAGGGAUAAUGUAUUUUACUCAAAUGACUGUUCUGGGUCAUAUGUUAUAAAAAAAAAACUGAUUUUGUUGUAGAGUAUAUUGUUUCUUGUAAUCUGUAGUAAGUUUUCAUUCCUGGCAUGUCUAGUGUUAAGUGGAGAAUGGUGGUCCUGCUCCGUUUUGUGGAACUAUGUCCUGAAACCAAACCUGCAGUGCCUUAACAAUAUCAUAGUCCAGUGCAGAGGGUAAGACUUUUGAGCACAGAAGUUUGUCACACUUAAUAAGGGUAGCAAAUCCGUUUGUCAAAAGUUGAGACAUGAGAGUAAAUUCUGUCCAGUGUAAUUUUCCUUUUACAUUUUGAGCAGCUGCAGGACUCUGACUGGUUUGGGAGGACCUUAAGGUGUGUGUGUGUGUGUGUGUGCUUGUAUGCUCAUGAUGUGUGAAAGAAUUAGUUCGCUUGUCAACGCAGUUUGUCUUGUAUCAAAAUAUGCUUAGAAAGCUCACAAUCAAAAAUGGAAUUUGCAAUUUUCAGCCAAGUUCACACUGGUUAUUUAGUGAAUAUUUUAUUGCCAAGUCUGAUGUAUUGAAUAAAGAUUUAUUUUUAAACAUUCAUGCCUCUUACUUUGUUUAAUAUGUUAAUAAAUCUAAAAAAAUUUCACAUGAUAGUUAUAAAA